GAAACAUUCAGGAGCUAUACAAAGGCAAAGUCUUGUGUAAUACAAGGGUAUGGCAGUGUAGCCUGCGUGUUACACACACGGACUUUGUCCAGCCUUUUUUCCUUCCUUCUAGAAUGCUAAAUAUCGUAGCCAUUGCCACAUUAAGAACUCGGGGUCUGAAUGACUGUGUGUUUAUGUGACUGGAACACGAAAGGGACAUGUGCAGACAGCAGGGUGGUUGUUUUGGUUGAGGCACUCAGUUCCACGUCAGCGGGUUUCACAACAAACACGUCACACCAGUUCCACCAGAACUUCACAAAAGAGCUAGAAUGGCUCUUAUAAAGCAUACAGGCGGCUGCCACUGUGGAGCUGUUAGAUUUGAAGUGUCGAGUUCCCCAGACCUCCAUGUUUUCCAUUGCAACUGUAGCAUUUGCACAAAGAAACAAAACCACCAUUUUAUUGUUCCAAAAAAUCACUUCACACUCUUGCAGGGGCUGGAUAAUCUGACAACAUACACAUUUAACACUCAUGUUGCUAAACACACCUUCUGUAAAACCUGUGGAGUUCAGAGUUUCUACACUCCACGCUCCAACCCCGAUGGAUAUGGUGUUGCUCCACACUGUCUGGAUCCAGGUACUGUGCGCAGUGUAACAGUGGAGAAGUUUUGUGGGGAGAAGUGGGAAGAGAGCAUGCAAGCUCACAAGGCCAUCAGAGACAUGUCUAGACCUGUAUCAGACGCAGCUGAGGAAACAAAAUAACACCACUGUGAUUGAAGAAUCAAACUUUUUUUUUAAUCAGUAGUACACCAGAAAUAUUGUACAGUAUUUUCAACAGUCUGUGAAGUUAUAAGAUGAAAAAAAAAAACAACAGCUCCCCAACU